UCAACCCCCUUAAAAAAAAAGACACAUUUCGACUGAUAAAUUGAACGUUAAGCAUGCAAUAUCGGAAAUUGGAAUAUUUAUCAACAAAGUGAAGAAUAAGUUAGAAGAAUUCAUUCAAUCAAAAAAUAAAAUACUAAAUUUAAGUUGUGGGGAAAACAGUUUUAAUUCUCAAGACGAGCUACACGGUGACCACAACUCUGAGGAUAAUCAAAUCGGACAGUUCUCAACAUCAAGCGAAUGUCAAACAGUUUUUAAAGAGCUAGGAAUAAACAAUGUUAAUAAGAAAAUCUCUAAAUUGCUAGGUAUAUCAGAAAGAUCAGUAUAUGGAAUUAAAAUCAACGAUGCCAAAUUAAAUACUGAAUCAGUAAAAAAACUCAGCUCAAAAAAAAUAGUUUGCGAAGAAUUUUUUAUCUCUAUGAUAAGACGAUUAAAUCAGGAAUUUUAUAAAAAUAAAGAAUAUCCUACGGCCAGAAAGUUACUUGAUCGUUGCUUAGAUAAUCCCGAAUUUCCAAGAAUCAAACUAACGUUGUUUAGGGAGUGGAUGAUAAAUGAAUGCAAAUUUAAGUACCGAAAAAUCAAUAAAAAACCUGUGUUCUUGGAACGCUACGACAUCGUCGCCCAACGAGAAUUCUACCUAAGAAGUAUUCGCAAGUUUCGCCAAGAAGGAUACUCAGUAUUCUACUCUGAUGAAACCUGGGCGUCACCUGAUCAAGCGAGGAGUCGUUGCUGGCAGAUUUUAUUAUCUGAUGAAGAGUAUAAAGACAUGACGGGGUUUUGGGGUGGCGACUGUUUGCGGGAUAUGAACGGUUAUGCUGGGGGAUUUUUAUUGAAGUCGGCAAACGGACGCAUUAUAAUUAACCACAUUGGCAACGAAUUAGGAUUUUUGGCCGGUGGGGACGACGUUUUCAUCUCAAAAAAAGACACAAAGGACUAUCACGGAAACAUGAAUAGUGAUCGGUACUUGGAAUGGUUUGCCAAAAUUGUCGGAUUGGUGCCAGACAAAUCGGUGUUAGUGCUGGACCAGGCCCCUUACCACAAAAAAAGGGUAAAAGACUCAAUUAUGCCAACCAUGGCGUGGUUAAAGGCAGACAUACUAGCUUGGUUUGAAAGAAACGCUAUUCCAUUGCCAGAGAAUGUUUCUAACUUCUGCACUAUGACGAAACAAACUUUAAUAGCGCUGUCAAAAAAAUAUCCGAAGCCGAAGAAAUUCAUUGUAGAAGAAAUUGCCGAAGCCUCCGGGAAAAAUAUAAGAAUUUUGUGGUUACCUCCAGCUCAUUGUGAGUUCAAUCCCAUAGAAUUAGUUUGGUCAUUCAUAAAAAAUGACAUUGCUACUAAUAAUAAAGGCAAUAAUGCUGAGGGAAUAUUAGAGUUGGCAAAAUUAGCUAUUUUAAAAGUAACACCUGAAUUAUGGAGCCGUUGUGUAAAGCAUGCGAUUAAAUAUGAGGAUCGUAUGUGGGAUAGGGAUAAGCUUGUUGAUGAAUUUAUUUCUAACCCGAAGAUGGCUCAAAUUAUAAUUACUGCAGGAAAUGAUUCUUCCGAUUCUAGCUCUUCUGAUUCUGACGACAAUGAAUAAUAUAUCAUAAUAAAUAAAGAAUAUGUAAAAUUUGAA